AUGGCUAUUUUGGAGAUCAGGAUUGGAAAUCGAAAUUCGUAACAUGUUUAUUAUAAUACAAUGAUACAACUAAAAUAAUAAAUUACGUCAGAGAUGGAGAGAUAAUAAGAAUGUACAAUAAUUUCAAAAAAAAUAGAGAGAAAAUAGAUAGUUUUUCGUAAUCUUUAUAAAACGGAUUUUAUAAUUUCUAACAAAUUAAAAAUUUAAGAUGGGAAGGAUCAUGUAUUUAAAAUAAAAAAGUUGGAAAAUGGAAUGCGUUUUGGAAGGGUGAAAAUCUAAAUAUUGGCGGAUUAUAUGAUUCUUUUGGGAAAAAGGUGGGUCCUUGGAUUGAAAUAUUUGAAAAUUAUUGGGAGUAAUUUAUUUUAAUUUCGAAAUCUAAGUCUCGCUGAAAUUACAUACUAGGGAGAAUACUUGGAAGGAAAAAGAGUUGGAUAUUGGAAAACAAUAUAUCAAAAUAAAAUUAUGUAGAAAAGCAUUCAAUUUAUAUUUUAAGAGGAGGCGGAUAAUACAACUAAAAAGGGUAACGUAUAGGAAAAUGGAUUGAAUUAUAUUAAUAUUUUUCUAAGUAAUUUUAUUAAUUUUAAAGUAGCAAAUCAAAAGUCUUUUUUGUUGGUUAAUAUAAAGUUGGAUUUAGAGAAGGAUAUUGGGAGAUCAUUUAAGAAGAUUAACUGAUGUAAAGAUUUCAUUUAAUUUUUAGAGGAGGG